AUGAAGGUUAUGAAUGACAAUCUACUGAAGCAAGAGGAACGGAAGGUGAAACAGUGGCUCAAGAAGCAAGAACAGGUAUCCCCCUCACCAUCUUCUAAAACAUUUUGCAAGACAUCAUGCAGCUACCUUGAAUCAGUUCAUGGGACACAUCCGGUCUCUGGGAAGGAAUCCAUCGACAUCACCUGGAGCCAGUUUGGUGACCAUCUGCCCAACUUUGUCAGUUUUCUGCGACUUCCAACCAAAAGACCAAGUUUUGACCGAAAGAACUCCAAGGAUCUCACACCCUUCAGUGGCAACGAUUUGCCCAUGCAGACCCUGUGGUCCAGGAAUGCCUUCGGUCCCCGGAGCAGCGUCAGUAACGCAUUCCCACCCAGCAGAGACUCCAGGAAGGGAAGCAGCCCCAGGCAGCCUAGCCUGGAUCACAGCAUCUCUCUCCAAGAAGCCGUGGCCCUCUUCCCUUCCCUGCAGAGGCUGUCGACCAAAGGGGAGAGGCACUCCUCUUCAAAGCUGACCCUUCAUAACUCGGUUUCGGGGUUUCCUGCACUGCAGAAAAGGCUCAAGACGAUGCUCGACAGGGCUCGGGGAGAUGAGAUGUUUAAACCGGCGGAGCCGUUGCCUCAGAUUCAUCCCGAAGAAAUUUUGAGCUGCAGGUACCUGCGUCUGUCCCAGAGCAACAUCAAUACUUUGCUGGAGCUCUGCAGAGAAUCCGGAAUCUACAUAGACAUACAUCCUCACAUGAAAGAAUCGGAAAUUGACGUUAGCACGGUGCUGUCAUCCAAUCCCAGCCGGACAUGCUAG